UCAGCGCCUUUGUGAACUCCAUCUAUGGUCACAGGACUGGUGUUCUCACCAACAUGACCAUCCAAGAGGUCAACGAGGCGAGGAAGAACUCGGGCCCGGAUGCUUCGGGUUGUGUAAUCAAUAUUGCCGGGCCCAAGACCAACAAGGCCUUUGGCUAUGCCCAGAUUUAUCUGGACUCCACAGAGUUCAGUUGGCUGGAAAGGUGGAUUGAGCUGCAGGCACAGCUCAAUCCAAAAUCGAACCUGGUCUUCAUCAGUGGCUCAAAAACACCGGCCAAGAACAUGGUGAAGUACCUGCAGCUGGUGUGGACAGAAAUGGGGCUUCCAGGAAGGCCGACAUUUACUGCAGUUGCCACACAUGCCAAUAACUUCCACUGUCCGGAAAUUCGGAGCAGGCUGUCCGCCGUGAUGUUCCACGACACGGCCACUGCUGACAAAUUUUAUGUUAGUCACCUCAACAUGGAGCAGUCGCUUGAGGUUAGGCGGCUAUUUGAGGAAGACACACACGGUGCCUCUGCUCCUGGGCCGUCUUCGACCUCACUCCCUGAACCCAGGGUGCCCGCCAGGCCGACGUCCGACAAACGCAAGAGGCAUGUUUCCGUCUCGGAAUCCACCAGCAGUGAGGAGAAGGCGGAGGUUCCGUAUCAGGAAAGUGGAUCCUCUGCGCUGGAGGAAGAGAUGGAAGAAAUCAAUCGUGCCAAGAGGCGGCUGGCCAAGAAGCGAGGAGGUGAUGGCAAGGAGGAAGAGGAUGACGAGGAUGAUGAGCAGGAGCAGGGGGAGAAGGACCAGCAGGAGGAGGAUGAGGAGGAUCAGCAGCAGCAGGAGGAGGAGCAGCAAGAGGAGGAUCUGAAGGUAAGGGAUUUUCUCUGACAUUCUACAAGGCCACCUCUCGGGCAAGAAGAACUCUUUUGAGAGCUGAGAAAAGGAGGAACAAUCCCUUGUUUUAAUAGUAGCGAUAUUGCACUUUGUAAAUAUAUAUAUAUAUAUUUUUUAUAUAUAUUUAUAGAGUUUUUGUAGGA